AUGAAUAAAGAAAAAAAGAUAUCAAAUUAUAAAUCUGGUCAUGAUUUUGAACCUAUUAUUCGGAAGAUCGCUGAAGCGAAUGGAUUAUUAGCUAGCGAAAUCAAAGUAACUCAAGGAGAUAAUGGUAUCGAUAUCAUUGCAACAUAUAAAAAAAAACUCAUUCUCAUUCAAUGUAAGAAUGUGGAAACACCGUUAACUGUUCAGAUUGUAAGGAUUUUUGAAUCAGCGAUCUCUAGAUUUCCUUCAGAUUCUCUUGGUCUUAUCGUUUAUAACAGUGAAAAAUUAAACGAAAGAUUUGCAAGUCAUAAAGCUUCAAAUUGGGCUUCUACUUCGAAACAAAAUAUUAAAAUUUGUAAUGAAAAGGAGUUUGUUGGAAUUAUCAAAGAAUUUUUCGAAUAUGAUAACGAUGAUCAAAUCGAUUUAAUCGAUAUUAAUGCCGAUACUUUUAAUUUAAGUGAGUUGAUUGGAAAAAAUGUUUCUAUUG